AGUGUCUGACGGUUUUGGCUAAUUUAUGCCCGUUCGUUCUUGGUAGUGGAGUUUGACCAGACCAUCUCGUCUGCACCCAAUCAUCAGCAGCAGCUUUACCCAUGAGUUUGGGAUCAGGGCUUAUUAGAUUUAAACCCUCAAAGAAUCUUCCUCAAUCACCGCUUUAUCCACUGAUUCCUCAUAUACACAUCCAAACCCUUCUGUCUCUCUCUCAUCCCUCGGUCCUCGCAGAAAGAAAGAAUUUAGUGUUGCGUGCUCAAAAUCUUGAUCUGCUUAAGAGUGAGCAACAGCUGAGUGCAUCAUCUAUGGAGUCAAAGAAUGAAUUCCCAGAGCUAAAUAGGAACCUUUAUCCGGAUAUAGAGCCUUACAGUACGGGCUUUUUGAAGGUGUCCGAUCUUCACACAAUCUAUUGGGAGCAGUCCGGAAACCCGAAUGGGCAUCCAGUUGUUUUUCUCCAUGGGGGUCCAGGAGGUGGAACAUCACCUAGUAACAGAAAGUUCUUUGAUCCUGAGUUUUACCAGAUCAUUUUAUUUGAUCAGCGAGGUGCAGGUAAGAGCACUCCACAUGCUUGCUUGGUGGAUAACACAACAUGGGAUCUUGUUGAAGACAUUGAAAAGCUGAGAGAACACCUUGAUAUUCCAGAGUGGCAGGUGUUUGGCGGGUCAUGGGGAAGCACGCUUGCCCUUGCAUACAGCCAAUCACACCCAGAAAAGGUUACUGGAAUUGUUCUAAGAGGUAUCUUUCUGUUGCGGAAGAAAGAGAUUGAUUGGUUUUAUGAGGGUGGAGCGGCGGCUAUAUUCCCUGAUGCUUGGGAGCCAUUUAGAGAUCUUAUACCAGAAAAUGAAAGGGGAAGUUUUAUCGAUGCCUACUGGAAGCAAUUGAACUCUGAUGACUUGGAGACUCAAUAUGCAGCUGCUAGAGCAUGGACCAAGUGGGAAAUGAUGACUGCUCAUCUUAUUCCUAAUGAAGAGCACAUCAAGAAAGGGGAUGAUGAUAAAUUUUCAUUGGCAUUUGCAAGAAUUGAAAACCAUUACUUCGUGAACAGGGGUUUCUUAGCUUCAGAUUCGUUCUUGUUGGAUAACAUUGAAAAGAUAAGGCAUAUCAACACCAUAAUUGUACAGGGAAGAUAUGAUGUCUGCUGUCCCAUGAUGUCAGCAUGGGAUCUUCAUAAAGCUUGGCCGGAGGCUGAUUUUAAGGUGGUUCCAGAUGCAGGACAUUCUGCUAAUGAACCAGGAAUUACAGCAGAGCUUGUGGCUGGGAACGAGAAGCUAAAAGACAUUAUCCAGAGAAACGGGCCCUGAAUUGACUAGAUGUGAGCACACUUUCAUUGAAAGCUGCAGCAGUUCCUUCUCGUGUGGCCCAAGUUUCGAGAAUGCCAUACGAAAAUAACUUGAAACUUGUUGGAAAGAACCCAAUGGGGAGGGGAUGAAUAGUGAACCUUGGCAUUUGCUCUUAGUACUCUUGGAUGUUUGAGGGAAACUACUUUCCAAUGUUUGGUUUGGGUAAAAUCAAUAUGACACUCAUUUGGCCAAUGAUACUGUUGAAAGGAUAAUUGUUAGUUCCAAUGCUUCAAUUUGACCAUUUCCGUGGAUGAAUUGGGAAUUGUCUUUAUUUUGCAGAUUUGGUAGCGUUGUAUGAGUCCAAUUGUUAAUCGCACUAUACAUUCUUCUUGGCUGUUAUCAUAUUGGAAGAUCCAUUUACAGGCUGUUA